CACAGACCUAAGAGGCAUGUAAACCCGGAGUAAAAUCUUGUAGGCUUUGUGUACACAUACCUGGCCAAUGAAAGUGAUUCUGAUUCCAAAAAGUAGGCACAGCAGCAGGCUCGGGGCCAUACAAAGUGUUAAUUUGUUUUGUUGGUGAAGAAGGGCGUGUGCGGCAUGUCAAGGCGGUUUAUCCACUUAUGACAAGACAUUGUUGGUAGAAUCGCACCAUGGAAGUCAAAGUGUUGGUUUGUGGCAUCGUGCUCGUGGUUUUAGCGGUUACAGGAAGCAACGCACAGUUAGAUGAUUGUGGCACUGCGCCACUCAACGCCAGGAUCGUAGGAGGGGCGGAUGCUGUUCCAGGGUCGUGGCCCUGGCAGGCCAGUCUGCAGACCAAUGGACUGCAUUUCUGUGGAGGCUCCCUGAUCAACAACCAGUGGAUCCUGACUGCUGCUCACUGUUUCAACAUCCCCACUCCCAAUCUCAUCGUUUACCUCGGCCGUGACACCCUGAACUUGUUGACUCCAAACGGAAAGUCCUGGACUGUGUCCCAGAUCGUCAAGCAUCCAAACUAUGAUAAAGAGACGUUCAACAACGACAUAGCCUUGCUGAAGCUGUCCUCUCCUGUUACGUUCACUGACUACAUCAGACCCGUGUGUUUAGCGGCGGACGGCAGCGCCUUUAACAUUGGGACGACCUGCUGGGAAACAUCAAAACUGAGACUCUACUUCCUUCCCCAGGGAGGCUGCAGGAGGUGAGUCUUCCCAUCGUGUCCAACAGUAAUUGUAACGCUUCCUACGGUUUCAUCACAAACAACAUGAUCUGUGCCGGUCUAACCCAGGGGGGACAGGGCACCUGUUUUGGGGAUUCAGGCGGCCCGUUGGUGACUAAAAACGGCUCUGUCUGGGUCCAGGCUGGAAUCGUGAGUUUUGUAGCACAAGAAGGCUGUGCCCUGCCGAAUGUCCCCGAAGGCUUCACCCGAGUGUCCCAGUAUCAGUUCUGGAUCAACAGCCAGAUCAGCAUCUCUGGAGCCGCUCACCUGGUUCCCCUCUCGGUUCCUCUGCUGCUGUCCAUCGUCCCUGUUCUCUUCUCCUUGUCUGUCCUUUCAUAGAAAAUUUAUUUAAUACACCAGGAUUUAAAAUCUCUGUCUCUCUGUCUCGUGGUCACAUAUGUUUUGCCUUUUAAGACUCAUUUAUCUUAAAACAAGCAACAAAAUCUGCUCCUUG